AUGAAGAGUGGUUCUCGCCCCGAUCUUUGGAAAGUGGUAGGAUACUAUGUUAAUAUAUGCUUGGGACACACCCCACCUUACCUCCGGUUCUGUUCAUAUGCUCACCUCAGACAUUUGGGCUACACCGUUGACGACCUUUACUCCUGCCAAAGCAUUGUCGUAGUCAGUGGCGAGGGAGAUUCCCCCUAUGACCCCCUUAUUCUAUCUACAAGGAUCUUUGAGUACGUGGCUACCGACAAGACUAUUUCUGUAGAACACCAGAUCGACCAGGCGCUGAUUCUGAGGGUGUUGGAGACAGUUUCCAAUUUACAACUGACUGAAAAGGUAAAGUGCGUCCCGAUCGGAGCGGUCAUAGAUCAGCUUCUAGAUUCUCCUUGUAUGGAGCAAUCUGAAAUUCUACGACAUAUAGAUGUUCUCAUAGAACACAGAUGGCUCCAGAAAAGUUGGCCUACAAAUGUACACAUCGGUGUCUCCAUCCCCGGGCACUCGGAGAUACUCAACAACCUUAAGCACUCAGAAGAGACGAUUCGACGGCGACUCCUGCACGACUCAAUUCCCUUUCUCAUAGUGCCGAGACCUGUGCGAUAUGCACCGCUAAUCAGAGAGCACUCCUUUGGCUCUGGUGGAAAACACGUGCAGCCACUGCCUAUCGACCUCCAGGCUGUCUAUGGAACCGAAUACCACAUAGCUAGCUUGCUCGGUAAUAAGAGCUUUACUAUCUGCAGUACAGAACGGUGCACUUAUAUAGGCCUUGGAGACAUAUUCCACUAA